UGGCUCUGGACAUCAGGGUAGCUAAGCCCUGAGACCAAGCUCGUACACUUUGCCCAGCAUCGUUACCUCUUCGUGCCCGAUCCUUUGCGAGUCGAUUCUCUCUCGGCCUCCCCUUCUCCCCCUCGCUUGGCCCCGGCGCUCUAGGUGAGGCCUUUGUUCUAGCUUUGACAUCAUCACCCUCGUCGGCCGUUGGUCAGCAGCAUCGUUCGCAAUGGACGCGAACAGCCUUGACAACGACACCAGGGGGUGGAUCAUGACCGCUCUGAGCGGCAUAGCGUGCAUGCUUGGCGCCUCAAUCAUCUGCGUCGACCUCCUCGUGCAAACAAUCCCGCAGAAGGCAUGCCGGGACUUCAGAAUACAAGACAGCAAUGCCUUCCUAUCAUCAUCGCUGAGCCUGUCGUUUGGUGUUAUGUUGUUUUCCUCUUUGUACAGCAUGCUGCCAAAUGCCAAGUCAUCAUUGAUGAAAGGAGGCUUCUCUCCAAAGGCCGCAGCCUGGACGCUCAUCUCUUUGUUCGUUGCCGGAGUGAUCGGUAUUCAGAUCGUGUCGAGGAUUCUUCACCGCUUCAUUCCGUCACAUGUGGUUGACUGCGAUCACACGCACGAUGGCGAUGACGAAUUGACAAAGCAUGAUCACAACGACAACAACAGAAUUCCGGAGGUAACUGAACGCAACCACCUAGCGCGGUGGAGAAGUGGUCAUUCUCUUCACGCUACUUAUGGGACGUCGCUCACUCCGCUGCAACAACAGACCGAGGGCUCUGACGAGGCGCCGACGGCUAGGCCGUCCUUUACUUCCCGUGUUUCCGAGUUCGUCGGCGCGAGGAAGGCCGCCUGUAAUGAGGACGGUGAAUGUUUUGGUCUCUCCGCUCCCUGCGGACAGGACUGCUUUAAGAUCGUGCAAGCACGUGGCGGGAUUCGAACGCCACGGAUACACGCGCCAAUCUCAAGAGUUCCAACCUUUGGAAAGGCUGGUCUUGGCGAGAGACAGCCUUUGCUUGGAGCUGUCGACGAGGAAGCACCUUUAGAUUCACGACCGCCCGUCGCUGCGGAUGCAAUCCACGAUCCCACGCAGGCCGAUGGCUACUUCGCACCACACAGGAGCCACACGAAUGGCUCCGCGCACAGUCACAAGUCAUUAAGUCGGACGUCGUCGAGAGCUUCGAUAGACUCUUGCAAUCUCGGCGACCCUCAUUUCGAUGCACAACCAGAGCAUCACCACCACCACGUACCUACAAAUGCCUUCCUAUCGAUCGGUCUCCAGACGUGCAUAGCAAUAGCCCUGCACAAGCUCCCCGAAGGUUUCAUCACCUACGCAACGAACCAUGCAAACCCUAAGCUUGGAUUUUCCGUCUUCGUCGCGCUCUUCAUCCACAACAUCACCGAAGGCUUCGCCAUGGCCCUGCCUCUCUACCUUGCCAUCAAAUCUCGUCCAAAGGCCAUGAUUUGGGCCGCGCUCCUCGGAGGCAUCAGUCAACCCCUAGGCGCUGCCGUCGCGGCCACGUGGUUCAGGCUUGCAGGUAGUCAAGCGGGCCAGGAACCUAGCGAGGGUGUCUACGGCGGCAUGUUUGCCAUCGUAUCCGGAAUCAUGACAAGCGUUGCCCUCCAACUGUUCAGUGAGAGCUUGGAUUUGACGCAUAAUCGCAACUUGUGCAUGGCCUUUGCUUUUGUGGGCAUGGCCGUGUUGGGCAUUAGCUCGGCGUUGACGGCUUAAAAAUCGAAUUUGACCACUUCUGCAUAAGCAAGAUUUGGACGAGAAAUUUUGCGACGGAAUAUCGUACUUUUUUUUGAGUGUAUUUUAGACGAGCUACAUUCUUCUCAUGAAUACACGAAUCGUACGCUGAUAACA